UCUCCUCGGUGAGGUCCCGCCACCGACUCUCUCUAUAUAAGCUCAGCGAAGAUCUUGCUUGGUGAACCUUCGGAAUUCCUUCGUCAGUUGUCCUCCGAACGAAAUCAACCGGCGGAGUCGCAAGCCGAGACGCUUUAAUUUCCCGGUCCAGAUCUACGUUUCCCGGACAAUUUUCUCCGAAAUCUUUAAUGGAUUCUUUUCCUUCAAUAAAAAAUAUUCUUCUUCUCGACUCAGAAGGGAAGCGUGUUGCUGUGAAGUAUUAUUCAGAUGACUGGCCAACGCUCAAUGCAAAGUUGGCUUAUGAGAAAUCAGUUUUCACUAAGACUCAGAAAUCAAAUGCACGGACAGAAGCGGAGAUAACUAUGUUUGAUGGUUACAUUGUAAUCUACAAAUUCAUCGCCGAUCUGCAUUUCUUUGUGACUGGUGGUGAUGAUGAAAACGAGCUUAUCAUUUCCACAGUCCUUCAAGCUUUCUUUGAUGCAGUCGGCAUCCUUCUGAGGAACAAUGUUGAGAAAAGGUCUGCACUUGAGAAUUUGGAUCUCAUUCUUCUAUGCUUAGAUGAGAUUGUUGAUGGAGGCAUUAUCCUUGAGACAGAUGCAAAUGUUAUUGCGGGAAAUGUGGCUAGCCAAGGUUUAGAGGGAGGAGCCAUACUCUCUGAACAGACAAUAACUCAAGCCUUGGCCACUGCAAGGGAGCAUUUAGCUCGGUCGCUUCUUAGUUCAUAAUUGUGUGACUUGUCGAUGAGGUGGUAUAGAAGGGAUGCCAAACUCACUUUGUGCUGAAUUUUGGGUUUAUUGCCCCCCAUUGUUUCCUUUUUAUACAUUUUGAGGCUUUUUUUUUUCCCUGUCAUCCCGGUUGUUUUUGUCUUCCCUGCCCCUCAAUAUAAAAUGAAUUUUUGGGGAAACUCUCUCCCUCUCUCUCUCUACCCCCACACAGCUGUAGCGCAAUUAAUAACUUUAACUGAACUGGAUGAUGUUCUCAAGUUAGCCUGUACCAAAUAAAUGCAACGACCAUAUGCUACUUA